GCGGCUCGGCCCGGAGUACAAUACAGCGCUUGUCUGUACAGAGAGAGGAAAGUAGGACAAAUGGUACGACAGGGUCAGGAAGGUCUAUGAGCGUUAUUAUUGUUAUUAGUGUUUUGUCAACGUGUAGUAGCAAAUAGAUCGUUUUGUGCUUGUUUUCUGUGUGGCUUCUUUUCUGUUGUUGGAAAUCGGUCUUUUUUAGAGUUUUUUUUGUCAGGAGGGACAUUAUAUUUUUCUUGCUGCCCCAAGCGACGAAGUAACUUUUUUUUCAGAAGGAAAAGUUUUUUUUUACUCCUCGCGUGUUGUGUUUAAAGCUGAGAGAGAAAGGUGGGGUGGGGGGGGAAUAGAGACAGACAGACAUUUAGAGAGAGACAGAGGGAGGAAAACAAACUUCAAAACUUCAGUCAUGGCCGAGGCACCGCCGCUGCAACAGGUCGUAGAGAUCGACCCCGAUUUCGAGCCGCAAUCCCGGCCCCGUUCCUGCACCUGGCCCUUACCCCGGCCGGAUUUCAGCUGCGCGUCGUCCCCGGCUUCGGUGAAGCAAGAAGGGCAGAGCGAGUUCAACCUGACCCCGGAAGGGGCCGGCCGGGCGAGCGCUUCGGUAUCGCCGGCUCUGGUGCUGGAGGAGCAGGACGAGGACUAUGAGCAGAAGCCCGCCGUUCUCGGACUGGAUUGCUGCGGUGACUUCCAGUGUCAGCAUCAACAACAUCAGGAUGGCUGUCACCAUCAACAUCAGCACCAGCACCACCACCAGCACCAGCAGCAGCAGCAGCAGCAGCAGCAAGUCCCCUCGGCCGGGGCCGCUUCGGCAGCCCAGAGAAAGAGCAGUUCAUCUCGGAGAAACGCUUGGGGGAACCUAUCAUAUGCCGACCUCAUCACCAAAGCUAUCGAGAGCUCCCCGGAGAAGAGGCUCACCUUAUCCCAAAUCUAUGACUGGAUGGUCAGGAGCGUCCCCUACUUCAAGGAUAAAGGAGACAGUAACAGCUCUGCUGGGUGGAAGAAUUCAAUCCGUCACAAUUUGUCACUGCACAGCAAGUUUGUAAGAGUUCAGAAUGAAGGAACUGGCAAGAGUUCUUGGUGGAUGCUGAAUCCCGAAGGCGGGAAGAGUGGAAAAUCUCCAAGAAGAAGAGCAGUGUCCAUGGAUAACAACAGCAAGUUUGCUAAAAGCAGAGGGAGAGCUGCUAAGAAAAAGGCAGCUCUUCAGACGGGCCAUGAUGGCAGUGCUGAUAGUCCCGGAACACAGUUCUCAAAAUGGCCUGGAAGUCCUAACUCACACAGUAAUGAUGAUUUUGAUGCCUGGACCACUUUCAGAAAGAGAACUGGAUCAAAUGCUAGUACAUUAAGUGGAAGGCUUUCACCUAUAAUGCCAGAACAGGAGGAUAUUGUGGAUGGGGACGUUCAUCAAAUGUCUCCCUUAGUCUAUACUGCUACCUCCAGUAAAAUGGCAUCGCCGCUACCAAGUCUGAGUGAGAUGACUAGUUCUAUGAACAAUUCCAUGACUGAAAAUGUGAUGGAGGAUCUUUUGGACAACCUAAAUCUUUUGUCCCCAAAUUCAGCAAUGACAGCAUCUACCCAGCCUUCAUCAGUGUCACUAAUGCAACAAAGCUCAGGCUAUUCUUUUCCAUCUCAGAACAUGCCCAUUGGUUCGCAGACGCCAGAUUACCGAAAAUGCUAUGUUCAAAGCAGUAUGAACUCCCUACAGCAAUCUCCUUUGUCGAAUUUUCAAGAAAAAAAACCAAGCUUUGGGGCGAUUACUCAAUAUAACUGCCCAACAGGACUUCUUAAAGAGUUACUUACUUCUGACUCACCACCUCAUAGUGACAUGCUCCCACAAGUAGAUACUGUGGUAUCACAAGCUAGUAGUCGGCUGGCCAGUCAAAAUAUGAUGAUCUCCACAACAUAUGCUAAUCAGGCAGUUCAUACCAAGAUGAUGAACCCCAGUGUCCAGCACCACCCAGCGCAUAGUCAGCAUUCAGUUUCAAUGAAUGGUCGUGCCUUACCUCAUACAGUGAGCAUCAUGGCUCAUCCUUCAAAUAUCCGACAUUUGUCCACACCAAAAAGUCAGCUACAAGUGCCUAUGCCUUUGCAGCUAAAUUCAAUGGAUCCCUGCUCUAUUAACAGUAAUGGUGGCUAUGGAAGAAUGAAUAUUGCUUCUAUGAGUCAGGAGAUGUUGCCUAGUGAUUUGAAUGAUAUGUUCAUUGAAAGGCUGGACUGUGAUGUUGAGUCCAUUAUUCGUAAUGAUCUUAUGGAUGGCGAUACUCUAGAUUUUAACUUUGACUGCUAUUCCAACAGCGCAAAGGCAUCCAAACAUAGCUGGGUAUCUGGCUAAAUUUUACACAGAUUUCUCUGAAGGCAGCCAGACUGGAUUGACAUCAGGAAUUGGGAAAAGCAGUCCAAAGAUGCCCUUCACCCUUACUGAAUUCUCUUGAUAAAUGCUCCCUUUUCCCUUUCAUCAUACUUGGCAGCAUGGAACAUUUUCCUGCACAGGAUGUUUGCCCAAUGUUUGCAGGUUUUGUGCUGCUCUAGAUAAGGCCUAUGGAAUUUGGAACUGUUUGGUGACAAAGUGCCAAACACACUACAGAAUGUCAUUUCAAACAUACGUGCAUUGUGUGCUUAAUUAACAAUUUUCUUUUUAAUUAUGAGCAUUACAUGGGCCUGAUCUGGUUGUUGACUAUGACUGUAACAAACUCUGCUUCUGUGUCAAAUACUGUAUUGUGAGAAUUUCAAUGCAAAUAAUGCACUUGCUGGCUUAUUUUAAAACACCACCAAUAUAUGAUGGGAAUAGGUCCAUCACCUCUCAAAAGAAGAAUUGACCUGCGGUUAGUGUUGGAUUCAGCAACAAUACUUGCCAGGUUGUACUAAUGUUACUGCGAUAAACCUUAGGAUAGACUACUUACAUAUCUAAUAUGUUGGUACUGCAGACUUUCUGUUUUAAUACCAACUGGCCUUGUAAUGCUAGUAGCUUAAUUUUCUGAGCAUAUACCUGGGAUGUCUGAUAGGUGAUAGGGUUAUGUUAAAAUAUCCUGAACAAUAAAACCGUGAUUCAACAUGCAACAGUUAUACGCACAUAGCUUUUUCCUUACACAUUUAAUGGAAAUAUUAAAGGAAAUCAACCCUUAAAAGAUCCAAUGCCAUUCAUUUUGUCAGUUCUAAGUUUGAAUUUGGAGGGCAAAGGGAUAUUUUAAUUAAACUCACUCAGCGGAAAGUUGAAUUGCAUUUAAGGCAAUUUCACACCCUGAAUGAACUCAACAGAAUGUAAUAUAAGGCAGGGUCUAAGAUAAGUGGCUGAUCCAAAUUCUAAUAGAUUCCAAUUGUGUAGGUUUGGUGAAAGUGACCUUCUGAAGAAUGUGAUAUUCAAAUACAAUAAUUAUUCUCUUCUAAUGUAAGUAAGCUUCAAUAUGAAAUGUUUAUUUUUGUGUUUUUGCGGUGAGUUUUUAAUAUUCCAGUAUGUUGCCAUAUAGUUUGUAGAUAGCUGUGCCAUCUUUUUGGUUUGGCAUUCACCAUGUCCACAUAAACUCUGAAAACAACAGAUUGUCACAGGUCCACUUGUCCCAACCCUUCUACAUACAUUACAUUUCAGAGGAGUCUAAUGCUCCCUCCUUUUCCACGAUUCUUGGUGCAUGUGACUUUACAAAGCUGAAGACUUGUUGUGAUUUGAUUUUCUUUUAACAUUCAAUUUUAAAAGAACAGAAAAAUGUUACAUGCUCUUUUGUAUCUGAAGACUGAAUUUUAAUUUAUUUAAAUUAAUUUUUAUCUCUUGGCAUUUGUAGCUCUCACUGUAGUUUCAAAUCUCCAUAAGUUGAUCAGCAUACCUGGAGGAAUGUAUUCAUUAUAAGGUAACCAGUGAGGAGAGGAUUUGCCAUUUCAUUAAUGUCCUCUGUCAAGUGUAAGGUGAAGGCAAAAUUCUGACAGUAUGUAGAUUCCACUUUAUUACCCUUUUGUCAAGGAAAUGCCUUCUAUCCUGUUCUCUGCUAAAACUAAUCAAAAAAUCCUGAAAUUGCAAUAUGGUUAUUUGACACUGAUGUACUAGAUCACAACAUAAUUCUAAAGUUUUCAUUUUGAUUGUAAACAUUAGCGUUGCAAUACCGCAAUCUGCCUUGAUGUUGAGAAAUACCUUGUGAUUGAGGAAGUUAAUCUUGAUGACCUAUACAACCAAAUUUUCAACCAAGUGCAGAUGUUUUUAUUGACUAUAGGAGAAAAUCCUGUUAGGGUGUUUCUGGCUGUGUCUCCAGCACUUGACCUAUAUAAAUUGAUUUAUAGGUAGAUUAAUUUAAACACUUCUUUUUAACCCAACAACUUGAUUUUGUGCCAGUAUAGUGAUUUGAUUGCUGGCUGAAGAAGGUCCAGACUCUCUUUCACUUGGUAAAUUCUUUUAUGAUGGUUUGACACCCUGCUUUUGUGUCACAAGGUUGAUGACCAGUGUGAGGUUUUCUUGACAUAUAACCAACUUCAAGCCUCUUCUUAGUACUCAGCUUCAUUGUUUUACGGCAUGUAAAUUAUCCUAAUCAAACAUAAUGUUCUAGUCUGCUCCUCUACAAAAUAAUUUGCAACUCAAGCUUUGAAGAUGGAUAGUAGCACUAUUUUUAGACACUAGCUGUUCCUCUGUAGAAGACCAUUUAACCAAAGAAAAGGGCUCAUUGUGUGCUCAGUUCACCACCAAAUGUUUGUAUGACAUCUGGGAAAUAGCCAUACUUGGUUCUUGUAUGCCUGUCCCCCAAAUACAUCAGACAUUGUGGGCUUCCAUUCAGAAACAAGCAACUUAACCCAUUUAGCAUUAUCAAGGCAAAAUUACACCGUAAGACCUGCAAAAUUCCAGUUGCAGUUGUAUAGGGAGAAAUGGCAUCUGUAUAUAUGGUUUUGAGUAAAAGGAUCACGUAGAUAAUGUAUGAAUUUUUCUUUGAGGCUCUGCCUUUAAGGAAUGCUGUCCAAGUUGCAGUGCUGGUUUAAUGGGCUGAUCAUUCAGUUGAGGACAGAGCUGAUUUUUCUCUUUGACACUAACCUUGUGGCCAUUUAGAAUCCAGGGUAUCAGCUUAGGUCAGGUAACCCUCUCACUUGUAAAACAAAAGGUAGUGAGUUCACCCCAAAUGAUAGACAUGAGUACAUACUUUAGGCUGUUAUUUCAAUUAGCAGUGAGAAAUGUUGCAUUGCUGAAGGUGCCAUAUUUUAAGUGACAUGUUGAAGUCCCAUCUGCAAGCUCAGGUGGCUGUUACUGAUCCCAAAGGAUUAUGCAAAGAAAAACAAGUUCUCCUGGCCAACAUUCCUCUCUUUCGUAUCACCUCCAAAACAAGUUUAAUCAUUUGGUAGCAUAGAACUUGGGCUAUUGCUGAAAGUAGACAUAUAUUGUCAAAACUUAUAUCUUGCAUUCAUCAGGACAAUUUGCAAACAAUCUUAAGUUAAAAGGAAAGCAAUAUUUCAUACUGUAUGAGAAGGGAAUGCUAAAUAGCUGGCAAAUUAACUCUUGUAGAGGCACCUCUCCCAAUCAAAGUCUACUUGUGAACCAAUCUACAUUCUGUUCUCAUACCAUAGGAAAUGUUAGUUCUUAUGAACUGUCCUGAUGAGUGCAAGAUGAAAAGCUUUAGUAAAACGUAUUUUGUUAGCAAUAAAACAAGGUUCUAUGACUAUCCUUUCAGUUGCUGUUUGUGAGAUAUUGUUAUGCAGAAAUUGGGUGCUUGUUAGUCUGUAUCACAAUUACAUUUUAAAUGUAAUCCAUUUGAUCUAAAGUUCAAAGAUCUGCUCUAUGCAUUCUUUCUUUCCUUUUUCUUGUCUACCUUCUUCACAUGCACUCUCCCUCCUGUUUGCAUACCUGGUGUCAUCUACAGUACUGAUGCAUAAUGUAUCACAGGGACAUCAAGGCCCUCUUACAUUACCUUCUCCCUCCAAAAUAUUUAGUCGAGCUGCUACUGAGAUAUCUUGAGCAGAGACAAAUUGAUUGUUGAUGGAGAGGGAGAGUCAUUGUAGUCAUUAGUACACACUUUAGUGCUUUAUUUUCAUAAUGGUGGAGGCCCAUUAGUGGUCAGACUUGUGAUGCACAGUCCUGAGGUCACUCAAAAUGACAAAAAGCUUUCAAAAUGGAAUACACUGUAUUAAGAAUAUCAAAUACUUUGUAUUAAGAAUAUCAAAACAUGAGAGUUGCACAUUCUUUGGCGAUGCAGAUGACAGAAAGAUGCAAAUGCUUUGUUCUACUUAUUACAUUUGUUACAGCGCACAAUUGACAGCUAGAUCAGAUGACAUUCAGUGUUACAGUAGAGUUUUCUUUGGUCAUAAACUGACAUGUUUAUAAAUAAAUAGUUUAAUGAAAAAUCAUGAGAUCUACAUUGUAUUUACAUUGUUAAUGUGAUUUCUUUUUGCAUUAUGUUUAAGGAAAGCGAAUACUGCAGGUCAUGAGAUUUUUUUUCCCACGGUGAGUUUACAGAAUCACAGAAAAGAAAGGGGCAUCAUGCACCUUCACAUUUUUUAUAUUAACUGGAUUAAAAUAAGGUUUUUGUAUGUACACAGUUAGAUUUUUACAUCCUAGGGGGUGCUAUUACGUGAUGGUGUUUGCUGUUUUUGUAAAUAUACAAUGAAACUCAAAGCGUAAGAGUUUUCUAAGCAUAAUCAGUUUUGCCUGAUGUGGAUUUUUGCGCAGGGACUAAUGUAAAGUUGUAAGUUUUUUUUGUUACUUUUUUUGAUCAAUUAUUUAACAAUCAGAUUUCUUAUACAAGUUUUCAUUCUGCUUAAAGUUAUGCUAAAUUUAAAAUACCACAAAGUGUUAUGCUAGAUGCUCAGACAGUUUCACAACUGUAUUUCAUUGGUCAUCUUGAUAUAGAAGCUCAGAAAGCUUUGAGUAGAACUACCUUAAUUGUAAAUGAUUGCUCCGUGAAAUGUGCAAAUCUUACCUAUGCAUACAAAGUCUUAACUUUGAAUUUUUUCUAGAUUUGUACUGUUAAAAGUAUAUUAUAAAAUAGAGUUAUCCAGAUAUUUUAAAUUUAACAAAAAGAUGUAUUGUUUCAGAUAUAGCUAUAUGUAACCAUACAUGGUAUAUAAAUUUUAUUUAGAAGUUAGCCAUGAAAACCAUACUGCUUUUGAUAAACCAGUGCUGUUUUCUUCAGUACAACUAAUGGAUGUGAUGUACUGCUUGAUGUAAAUGACUGAUAAGAGUCAGCAGAGCAUCCCUAUGAAGAGGGAAGAAACUAUCUUGGACCAAUUGCUUUUCCACAUAGAAAAUUAAUUGCACUCAAGCUUUUUUAAAAAAAAAGUUUCAGUAAACAUUACUUAUUGAAUCAUUAAUGAAAAUUUAAAUACUUACAUUUAUUAACUUAUCAAGCUAAAUGUGACUUAUCUAUUACAUUCUGUUUAUAAAUAAAAGUUGCAACAGGAGUAGUUUUUUUAAAAUGAAAAUUACUAAUUUGCACAAAACUGACCCUUCUUUUGACGGAUGUUCCGCAGACCAACAACAACAUGAAACUGGCAUGUAAAUAAUGUUUGCUCCAGUUAAACAGACUGUAGCAGUACUUGAAAGUUUCACCACUUUAUAUCCUUUCAAUAAUGUAGAUUGUAACUAAGUAUAUUGUUUCAUAGACAAGUGCCUGAUAGUGGACAUUAAAGAACACAAGAACAAUCUUUGCUGUAUUGUAUG